UCCUGGUUAUAAACUUAUAACUCGGACUUGGAUUUUUACAAUACUAUAAAGUAUAAAAGUCAUUUUACAUUUAAUUUAUACACAUUUUAUAAAGGCGCAGCAUAAUUCAGGAACAAAUUUGUCAAAUUAUUAUAUAAAAAUAAAAUAAAAAUAACACUCCAUCCGUCCCGCAAAGAAGUUCCCGGUUUGACCUACACACAUAAUAUUAAGGAAAUAAACUUACCACGGGGUAAUUUUACUGUUUUGACAUUGUUUAAACACUGUUUGACAUUGUUUUGCACUGUUUGGCACUGUUUUGAUGUAGAUAACUUGUCAUUUAAAGAAAGGAGAACUUCUUUUUGGGACUGCUAAAAAAGAAAAGCGGGAACUUCUUUGCGGGACGGAGGGAGUAUAAUUAACUAAUAAUGAUAAUGAUUGUGGAGGUGUCCAUCAAGCAGCAGGAGCAGUAGGUGAGGCGCAGUCACGUAGACUAGUCUUCAAGGUUGACUUUUACCUUUUCCACAAACAUGCACUACGAAAAGUAAAAUGGUUCUUCCUCCCAGGCUGCUUGUUCGUAUUUCUAAGAGAAAAUUCUAAAAGAGAAAAGAUGGGGGUUCCUACAUGGCUGUUUGUUCUUAUUUCUGCAUGCAUGAUCACAUGUUACUUGAGGUCUGUGUUAGGAGAAACGAGGUGCAUAGAGAGGGAAAGAGAGGCGCUUCUGAAGCUGAAGGAAGGCUUCACAGAUAAGGAUGCCCGUAUGUUGUCAACGUGGGGAAGUGAGGCCAACAAAAAUGAAUGUUGCCAAUGGAAGCACGUCCAGUGUGACGUCACAGGUCAUGUGACUGCCCUCCAGCUUGGGGGUUUGACUACUUUGACGUUUCCCAUGGGAGGCAAGAUCAGUCCCGCCUUACUCGAAUUGCAUCGUUUGAAUCAUUUAGUUCUGAGUUAUAAUGAUUUUGGAGGAACAAGAAUCCCCGAAUUCAUCGGCUCCAUUAGAGCUUUACAGCUGUUGGAUCUCAGUUAUUCCAACUUUUCCGGGGUGGUUCCUCCUCAGCUAGGGAACCUUACACAGUUGCAGACGCUUGACCUUGGAGGCAACUACGGCAUUCGGUCAGGAAACCUCUAUUGGCUUUCUCAUUUAUCAUCGUUGUCUCGUCUUGUUUUGGAUCACAUGAACACAAGUGAAGACGCCAAUUCGCUUUGGCUACACCAAGUGCUGAGCUUUCCCUCUCUUGACACAUUGUCCAUCGGAAGUUGUGGGAUCACAGACAUCACAUUCGAACGAGGUCUUGCCCGUGUCAACUCUUCGACCUCAUCAUCGCUAACUACCCUUGAUCUGUCAUCAAACAAGCUCACUUCUUCCACCACAUUACAAUGGUUGUUGUUUAACACAAGUGCAAGUCUUGCUUAUAUAGGCCUGUCAGGAAAUCAGUUUAGUGGUCCAAUCCCAGACGCGUUUGAGAAGCUGUUUUUUCUGGAAUCUCUUUAUCUCCAUGACAACAUGUUUGAAGGACAGAUCCCGAAGUCUCUAGGGAAUUUAAGUUUGGUAGACUUAGACCUCUCCCAUAAUGACAUGGGAGGACGUCUUGAGGAUUUAUUCGCUUCAGCCAGCAGCAAACUGAUGUCAUCACUAUACUCUUUAACCUUAUCACAUAAUCACUUCACAGGGUCAGUGCCAAACCUAGGGAAGUUUCAGGCAUUGACGUGGUUGUUCCUCGACAACAAUAAACUCAUAACAGUAGAGACUCCCACAGCCGGUCUUUCCAAGCUUGAACACCUCGACGUUUCGCAUAAUUCAUUACAAGGAACACUCUCGGAAACCUACUUCAUAGGCCUUAGCAACUUAAGGAUUUCAUGGCUUGACCUCUCUAAUAACCAGUUGACGGGAACGCUGCCCAGCGACUUGAGGAACAUGCAGGCAUCGGAGAUUCUCAAUGUGAAUUACAACAACCUUUCUGGUGAAAUUCCACACUCUCUGGGCUCUCUAUCAAAGCUUAAAACGAUACACUUACGAGGAAAUGGCUUCUACGGGGAGUUACCUUCCACUCUGCAGGGAUGUCCACUUCUGCAACAGAUUGAUAUUGGGGGGAACAAAUUAACAGGAACAAUUCCGCCAUGGUUAGGGGAAAAGUAUACAGACUUGGCAUUUCUAAGCCUGCGACAAAACAGAUUUUACGGUGUUAUUCCUCUAGAAAUAUGUGAUCUCACUCAGAUUCAAGUGUUGGAUCUUUCUAGAAACAAUUUGACUGGAAAGAUUCCGGAAUGCUUUGACAGAUUUACUGCACUGGUUGACAAAAACAAAACCACUACCACCAAGAUUGAAGUCCGGACCGUGGCUACUGAUGGCUACAUUGACUAUGCAUUUGUUCAGUGGAAAGGAGAGGAGUCAAUGUACACAAAUACCUUAGGACUCCUUAAACUUAUUGAUCUUUCGAGCAAUCGACUAGUCGGAAGCAUACCCGAAUCGUUCUCAAGUCUGAAAGGAUUAAUUUCCUUGAACCUGUCGAGAAAUAGUUUGACAGGGAGAAUCAUUCGAGGCAUUGGUAACAUGGAUAUGCUCGAAGCUGUUGAUCUAUCGAGAAACCAACUAUCAGGUGAAAUACCACUUGGCUUGGGACAAUUACACUUUCUGGCAGUUCUUGUUUUGGUCAAUAAUAAUUUGACUGGAGAAAUGCCAUCCAGUCCUACACUGCAAGGCUUUGAUCCAUUUUUGUAUGCUGGGAAUGUUGGGCUUUGCGGGCUUCCUCUACCGCUGUGCCCUCAGGAUAGCCUCGCACCGUCAUCCCACACUAACAACGAAGAAACAGAUGAUGGUCUGUCUUUUAUGCAAGACUUUGCCAUAUCAAUGGCGUUUGGGUUCAUUUUUGGAUUCUGGGCAGUUGUUGGUCCUUUGUUACUCAAGAGAUCUUGGAGAAUAGCAUUCUUUAAUUUUUGGAAUGUUGUAGGAGAUUGGUUGUAUGUAACUAUAGCUGUGUUCUUCAAAAACUUCACACGAGGUUGCUAACUUUAUACUCCGUAUGAGUAUAUUUUACAUCCUUUUUAGGAUUGUAUAUGUAUCAAAAUGCAGAAUGUAUGAACGGACAUGAUUGCUCAUAGUUUUCUAUCUUCUCUCUUCUACUUUCUUCAAUUUUCUUCUUAGACAACUCACUAUCUCUAAAAAUUUAUUCCUAAGCUGUCAAAAAAAUAUUGCUGCAACUAAAACUAAACAGAGAGAGUUUAAGUAUGAUGUUCUUGUGCUUACAGUUCGUAAUGAGUUCAUGUUUAUUUUGUAAAACAGAUUUUAUGUUUUUUGUUUUUGUUUUCCAAUUAAUCGUUUAACUGUACCGGAAUUUCAGUUAUCUGAAAACCAAUUAACCGAAGUUAAUGAUAUACAGAAUCUAUAACUGAAAUAUCGACUAACUGACCAUGCCCAUUGAUAGAUCUCAGGAUGAGGAUGCAAGUUGACAAGUAUCACGAGUACAACACACACACACACAAGCAUAUCUCCUUACAGAGGCCUAAUACUCUGAAGUCUGAAGAACUAUGUUCCUUAUAAACUUGACUAAUUAUCAAAGACAACAUAUUAAUGACCACUUGAAACCUGUUUGCUAGGACUGCCUGGCCAUAUGACUAAGUCCACAAGAUGUUUGAAUGCUCAGGAGGCUUCAACUUGAUCAAUAUCAUUUUCAUCCCCCCUAGCUCCCACCCCUCAAUAGAAGACCCAAAUGCUAGAAAACCCACGAAGGGUUCGUUUGGAUGGAAGGUUUUAAGGAUGAAUGUUUUAAUGAGGCUUAGUUUACAUCCUCAUAAAUACAUGUAUUUCUGUAGACUGAAUAAAGGAUGAUUAGAAUAAAAACACUCAACAAAAAUGUGACUUUUCAGAAGCAAUGACUAGUGAUUUUAUACUGCAAUUCUUCCAUAAUACUAUGAACUUAACGACUCUUCGCUGCAACACGCUCUAUAAGAAAAGAAAGAUGUGACUGUACAAAAAGAAAAACAGGUAGGUAUGCUUCAAUUUCAGUCACACACUGAAGUAUUCAACCAGAAACAGAUUAGAAAUAACAGUGACAGUAACGGUACUGCACUCAAAAGCCUCAUAAUGAUCCAAAAACUAUCUAACUGCAUUAAAAAAAACCUAAUUUCCGCAUCAAUUGGCUUUCAUGACACUACGAAAUUACCACUGAAAAGUUUUUUCUAGCAGCAAACAAAUACUCUGUGGAGCUUCUUGUUAUGAUAAAAAAGAUCAGUUUGCUGGAAAUUCAGUGAAUAUACAUGCGUAAUGAGAGUCAUGGAGAAGAAGACACACAAGUUGACAAAGAAGAUACAUUCGAGUGAUCGCUGAUUCAUAAAAGUCUAGGAAUGAGUUUGUUUUUUUGGGAAAGGAAUGAGGUUUUAUUCGUAAGGAUAAGGAUAACGUGCGAAUCAGAAUUUUGUUUUCGAAAGUUAAGUUAUGAGAAAUAGUCCCACACCGGAUGCUUAGAGAGGUGGGAG